AUGGGGCGCGCGCCGUGCUGCGAGAGGACUGGGCUGAAGAAGGGGCCGUGGACGCAGGAGGAGGACGAGAAGCUCGUCGCCUACAUCAAGAAGCACGGCCAGGGGAACUGGCGCACCAUGCCCAAGAAUGCCGGCCUGGAGCGUUGCGGGAAGAGCUGCCGGCUGCGGUGGACGAACUACCUCCGGCCGGACAUCAAGCGCGGCCGCUUCUCCUUCGAGGAGGAGGAGACCAUCAUCCAGCUCCACAGCAUCCUCGGCAACAAGUGGUCAGCCAUUGCGGCGCGGCUGCCGGGACGCACGGACAACGAGAUCAAGAACUACUGGAACACGCACAUCCGCAAGCGCCUCCUCCGCAUGGGCCUCGACCCCGUCACCCAUGCGCCGCGCCUCGACCUCCUCGACCUCUCCGCGCUGCUCAAGCCCGCGGCCGCCUACUACCCCACGCAGGGCGACCUCGACACGCUCCGCGCGCUCGAGCCGCUCGCCGGCUACCCGGACCUCCUCCGCCUCGCCUCCACCCUACUCGCCGCGCCGACGCCCGCCUCCACCACGGCCGAGCAGCAGAUGCUCCUGCCCUGGCUCAUCCAAGCGCAGAUGGCGCAGCAGGCCUCGAAUCAGCAGGCGCCGCCGCAGCAUGCCACGGGUGCAGACCAGUUCAUGCCGCCCAGCUCGACGUACCAAAUGCCAGCCCUGGUCCACGCGAACCCCGCGCACCAGGAUCACAUGGUGGCCUGCGGUGACUACACGCACCUCCCUGCCUACGAUGGCCAGGUCGACUACAUGCCGCCGCUGAUGCAGAUGGUGUCAGAAACGUCCAACCAGCAGUGGAGCGGCACGGUCAGCAGCAGCAACAACAACUGCAACGUCGGCUCCGGCGUGUCCACGCCGUCGUCGAGCCCCGCCGCGGGGACCGUGAACUCGGCUUCGACAACGACAACGUUCUGCGCGAACGCGAGCAGUUUUGACGCCAUCAGCGCCGCCGACGCCGCCGGGCUGUUCGACAUGCACCUGUCCGAUCUCCUUGAUGUGAGCGACUACAUGUAGCUAGUGAAAAUUAUUCCAAGUUCGGCUUUCCACACCUGCGUGGAAACUGGAAACCAUGCAAGUCGAUUGAACAGUUGGCCACGUACCGACCGAGAGGGAGCAAAACAUGCAUGAUGAUCGCACGGCCAUUUUUGUACAGA